AUGCAUCAAGAAUCACUUCGAAGGUCAUCUUUACGGAAAGAGCACACACCAACUAACGAGAAGAUAGUAGAUUUGUCAAAGCAGGUAAGAUGUAAGAGAGCACAACGAACAGAAAAAAAAUAUUACGAGAUAGAAAAAAGGAAGAUUUUCUUAUUUUCAAUUUUCUUUUUUUUUGCUGUGAUGACUAUUCUGUUAUUCUUUCAACUAUCUAAAUGGCAACAUUCAAUGUAUUGUAAAUAAUUAAUUUUCUAAAUUCUCAUCUUUUGAAAUUCAAUUCACUUGGUUGUGAGUCAAUGAUUCAAUAUUCAAAAAACAAAUACGAGCACUAAAUGCUUGAAAUUUCUGCAAUUGCUAUCUACAAAGUUGUGAAUUUUUAGGACUCGCUUGGUGAACGUGCCUCUUCUAAGCUUACUCUGGAUGACGAGCUCUAUGAUAUUCUUUACGCAUUUGGGUUGGUUUUCUUUAUUGAUCAGAAAUCAUCAUUUUUGUUAUCAUUGUGGCAAUGAAACCGGGGUAAAGCUUAUGACGUGUCAUCUGUAAAACCUGGAAAUCCGUUAGCACAAAAAAUUAUUUAGGAUUGAUAUUUUUUGUCCAUAUUAUAACUAUGAAAAUUGCCUCACUAUAGAAGGUUUUCAAAAUUACUAUCUUUUGGCUCGGCCUCUUCCUACAAAAUUUUUCAAACCUUACCGAUAAUUUGUGGUCUCGUUAGACCUCCAUGAAAACAACUCUUUAUUACCAAGUACCUUGCAAUUGCAGGCUAUUUCUUACAUUUUCACGAGGCGGAGCUAGAAGAUAGUAGUUUUGAAAACCUUUUAUUGUGAAGAACUUUCCGUGGUCACAACAUGGACCAAAAAUAUCAAUCCAAAAUUUUUUGUGACAUCGAUCAGUACAUGAGAUGUCCAGUUUUACAGAUAACGCGUCUUAUUACCUAUAAACCUCGGUGUUCAUUAUUUUCUCUAAUAAGGCAAAAUUAACAUAAGUUUGUUAGCAAUGUUUUAUGGAUUAAUGAUUGACAAUUCCAUGUAACAAACUUAACCAAUAUGUGUUUUCCCGCUUUGUGUUUAAAUAUUAUAGGGGCACCGGACAGAAAGGGCGCGCUGUUCGCAAUUUGGCCGAAUUUCUAGGCCGCGAAGUAAUUUUCCACUGAAAAUGUGGCCUAACUCUUCAAACUCGGCCCCGAGAUCGCGCAAUUUGCACUGCAAAAAGAGUUUCUCAACAGAGCGCCAUUUCUGUGCGGUGCCCCUAUAAUAACACACAGAUUAGCUCUUGGAAGAUCAAUAAUUUGAAUGGUUUCACAGAAAGAAAAAACUGAUAUCGUUGAUUUACAUUGACUUUAAAAAAAUGUGUUUUCUCUAGGAAUAUUAAGAUACUUUUUCAAGCUUCUGGGUGCUAUUUGAAACUCAAUUAAAAUAGUUUUUUACUCAGAAAAUGUAGGCAAACUGUGGAGAAACGAAUCAGAAAUUUUCCAUGCCUCCUCUUUCAAUACUAGUAGUAUGAUGGGAUGAGCUUGUCUGCGAUCGUUUUGAAUCCUAUCUUCUCAGGACCAGCGGCUUUCCCAUCCUUCCGCAAGACGGGAGACAUUUAUUAUUGAGUUGUCAGAGGUGUAUGAGACCUUGGAGCAAUCAUUGCGUAAAGAAAACGCACUUGUCAUUUUAUCGAACAAUUGGUGGCCUACACAUUUUUAUUUUGACCAUAGGAUGAUUUUAUAAAUCCCCUUUCGAAAAGUCAUGAACGGAAUCGAGAUUCUUCCUGAGGGAUUGCAAAACAAUCCACUCGUGCAACGACGCGCUUCGGUGUUCCAUGAUCUGAUCACAGUAUUCCGAAAAAGCACUGUAACUCGCUUAGCACGAAAUCAUCCUUUUGAACAUGUUUCGACGCAAUUUUCGUCAUGGUCACAAAACCAGUGAGUCGCGAAUAUUUAAUAGAUUUUAGCAGGCACUAUUUGCCCACCGAGCAGAAAAAGUUAUGCCAAAAAUUAACUUCUAAUUCUCAGAUAAUAAGGUUAUUCUUUACAGUGAAACCGAUGCUUUUAUAAACAAAAACGACAAGCAUAGAGAAACUGACGAAGAUGGAAAUCCACUCACCAGACAGGUACGUUAAUCUAGUUUGUUUUAAAUUAUAAUUAGUGUAAAUAUUACUUUUUUUGCUCCAUACCACUUAUCCGACGCAAGCCAAAAAAAUUGAAAUUUCGUUCAAACAAACAAACUUCGAUGACCGUGAAAAAUCAACUGAAAGUAUUCAGGCUCUCCUCGAACGCAUACGGCAGAAAAAAGAAGUUAUAGGAAAGCUUAGAUGCCAGCCAUGGAGUAUGACCAGAAAACGGAGAACGCUGAAGUAAGAUUCACAUCUAAUACACUUUGAAUGAAGGUCAUGUUAAGAUUGGCUCAAAAAUAUCUGGAGCAAAAUGAGUCGAAGGUUUCGAGAAGUCAUCUUUACAUGGAAGAAAUGAGAAAAAGAGUGAGACUAAUGAAGCGAAGUUUCUCUAAUUUCAAGACCUAUUUAAUACCAUGGGAGUCCAAAAUUAAACGUAUUGAGAGUGAGUAAAAUUUUAACUAGUUUACAAUAAUUUUUAUCUAAGGCCAUUUUGGUUCUGUUGUAUCUUCAUACUUCACUUUUCUCCGUUGGAUCGUUUUUGUUAAUAUUAUUAUAACUUUGAUUGCAGUUUUUUUUGUCGUGCUACCAGAGGUUAGUCAGAAGGGGUCAGUGAAACUUUCAAGAAUAUUUAUCAGAUCCUAGCCGACUCAGUUGCUAAUGAGGACCGGUUCAACCGUACAAAAACAAGGAAGCAGAUACCUCUGAAUGAGAAAGUUCACGCUGACGAACUUGCAGUUGUAUGGCAUUAUGAUGUGAGCUACAAAACACUUUUUUUUACUAGAGAUGCAAUUUUCAGGGAUAUGUGAGAUAUUCCCCACUUUUCUAUGGAUACUAUUCUGAUGAACCAUUCUUAGGAACAAAAAUAAAAUACGCUUUACCACUUGCGUACUUCAUGGUUACUUUAACUAUUUUUGCUUACAGUUUCUUUGCUAUAUUGCGAAAGUAUAACUUUUUCAUUUUAUUUGAAUGAGUAAUGAUUUUUACAGAAUGGCGGCCAACGCCAGAAUGUCAAAAUUAUCAGGAAGCAAAGCAGAGCAGUAUAUUUUCAACUGGAAACUUUUCACUGGGUGGGAUUAUACAAUUGGAAAUUCGGAAACUGCCAGUAAUACUGUUAUGGCUGUUGUGAUCAAGUUGAGAGUGAGUAUCUCAAAAAAUAGUAUAGUCAUGUAUAUAUACGUAUUCUGAGCAAAUCUUAGGAGUCAAUAGCUGAUUGUAAGAAAGAUUCACAUGGGAAAUUUCGUUUGCUUCAAUUCACACUCAGGUUUGCUUCAUCGUGUGGGUGUUCUUGAGAUUAGGCAUCUUCAGAGUCUUCGCAAACAUUGUUAUUUGUGCAAUGCUUGGAUUCUCAAUUUACUGUAUUAUCUUUGCCGUGCAAAAAUCACAAGUUCAAGAUGAUGGGAAUUUAUUCACAAAAAACCAAGUCCCGUCCGUUGUAUCGACGAUUACUCACGUGUUUCCAAUGAUUUUUGAUCUGAUAGGUCGGAUGGAGAAUUAUCAUCCACGAACUGCUCUUCGAGCACAUCUCGGAAGGUGAGCGGUCUGAGAAAAUAGUUUUACAAUUUUUUUUUCAGAGUGUUAAUUCUAUAUACGGUAAACUAUAUCACUCUAAUUUUUGCGUUGUUUGAAAAAAUGACAGCUUUGCGUGAAAGAGUCAAUGAAACUUCUCUAGUGAGCAAAAAGAUAAAACGUCAGCAAGGAGGAUGGAACCCGGUUACAUAAAAUGAAAGUAAUUCUGAAGUCAACUGUUUUUCAGAAUGUCCCACGACCGCCGCCUUAUGCCAGCAGAUCUGAAAUUCGACAAAUGAGCGAUUUCCUUGCUGCAAACGCUCGCCAAUUUCAAACAGUCAGUCAACGAACAACACGUUCUGUUUCUACGCCUUUUACUGUAAUUAUUUUGCAAAUGCUCACAAGCUCAUUUUUCUUAUAGGUUGCUCCACAAUUUGGCCCAUUCAACGUUAACAACCCGAACGCUUUCUUUCAUAAUAGUACUCACUCAACAAGUUUCGAAUCUCAAAAAUUAGGUCCCAAAAUUUUGCCCAUUUUUACGCCACCACCGAGAAAAUAUCAAAGCCAUUCUCCUGGGAUUAUGGGGCAACAAUUCGGUGGUCCUGAUUUCACACAAAACAUGAUUUACACAAAAUCAACUCCAUUGCCUCGUGUUCGCACAAAACCUCCCUGGAUUUAUACAACAACACAUCCUCCUUUAAUUUCACGUUCUGGAAACGAUUCCAAUAUUGCUAAAGUUCCUUCAAGAAAUUCGAAUGAUCUACUUUUGUCGAAUAAAAAUUUAGGGAUGAAUGGUGAGUCAAACGCAGAAUUUGUUUGCUAGUUAAUUGCUUUUCAGAAACGCUACAAAUAAGUGAAGCAGCUCUUCGUCGUAAUAGUGAUGGUCAUGGCAGUGAUAUUUGCUGGGAAACAAUAAUUGGACAGGAAAUUGUGAAAUUGGUGACGAUGGACUUGAUUUUCACUAUUCUUUCAAUCCUAGUAAUUGACUUUCUGCGUGGAUUAUGGAUUAAAUAUUGCUCUUCGUGGUGGUGCUGGGAUAUUGAAACUACAUUUCCGGAAUAUGGAGAGUUCAAAGUUGCUGAGAAUGUGUUACAUAUAAUCAACAACCAAGGAAUGAUUUGGCUCGGACUGUUUUUCGCUCCUCUUCUUCCUGCCAUCAACAAUAUCAAAUUGAUAAUUUUAAUGUACAUCAGAGGAUGGGCUGUAAUGACUUGCAAUGUGCCGGCUAGAGAAAUCUUCAGAGCUAGCAGGUUUGGCUUUGGAAAUAACUAAAAAGACAUAGAAAUCUGUUGUUUCAGAUCUAGCAACUUUUAUCUUGGAAUUCUACUAAUUUGGUUACUUUUAUGUACACUUCCCGUAGGUUUUGUGAUUGCUUCCAUGAGUCCAUCACGAUCAUGCGGCCCUUUCGCGUCAGUUUAGCUUUAUGUUUGUGAAAUGUAUUCACAAUUUUUACAGACGAUAUCAGCAUUUCUACACGGUUGUAACCAGAGAGAUAGAAAAGAGAGUUGAUCAGACAGUGCUCUCUUAUAUCCGACAUAUUGCUUCGCCAGGAGUUGUCAUCCCCAUUAUUCUCUUUCUUAUGUAUGGUGGUGAUUUCUCCUACUAUUUUUUUAUUAAUUGCUUUUUACAGCCUGAUAAUUUAUUUUCUGUUCUCGUUAGUUCGUGGUCUGCGGGAAGCAAACACAGAUCUACAAGCUCAAUUAGUUCAUGUAAUCAGCGCUCGAGGCACUAUUAAAAUACAUAUUUUUUAUUAAGGAACGUACUGAAGAAAAAAAGAAGAUAUUUGAACUUGCUGGUGGCAAGAAAAACAAAUUUGACAAAGAUCGCGAUAAAAAACGAGCAAACGAUUACAUUCCCCUUAUUGAGCAGCGACGGCGAGAACCCUGGAGACAGUAUCACGAGGUGAACCAGGUUGCAAGUAAUCUUCAAUUGAAACAUUGUUUAAGAUGGACAAUGAAAAUGUAUUGGCGUCAGAUUCGUCUGAAGAAAGUGAUAUUGCUGAGGAUGAAGAUGAAGAACGCCAGCCACUUGCAUUAUAUCCGCUCAAAUCUUACGGAACUCCACCCGAAACUUUACAAGUUACGGCUUUCCAUCCUUCUUUAGGGUAACUUUUGCAGGAAUAGUAAUAAAUAUUGUAUCAGUCUCAGUUCAUUGAUCGAAAACAAAGAAAUGGAAGACGAAGAAAGCUCGGAACCACUACCAAUGAUUCACAAAUCUGUUUCUUUUCAAGGUAAUUAACUCUGAGAAAAAAACAAUUAAGACAACUUUUCAGGAGCAUCUUGCAUGCAAAUGCAUCAAAGUAUUUCAACGGAAAGUUGCAGUCAGAUCUCAAGAAAUGCUAUCCAGGUUGCUACGCCUGAAGAAAUAAGGUGAAAUAUUUUUUAGAAUUGAAGAUUGAAACUUUUUUUGUGUGUGCAUGGUGCAUGUUUUGUUUUACAGAGCACUUCUUCGCCCUUACCUUGAAGCCAAAUACGGCAUACCUUAUCAGCAUGGAGUGAAAUCUUUUCCGAUUGAUUUGAAAACUCCUCCUCAUAACACGCCGUCGCGGAGAUCGUCCAAGCACAAUUCAUUUGUUUCAGUUUAUGAGUCUUCGAAGGAAGACAGUUAUGCGAAGUUGGUUCAGUUAAAAUUGAAUUCGUUUGUUUUUGUGUAUUUUUUAAAUUGGAAAUAGCACAGUUUGAAGCACAAAACGAACUCUUUUGUGAUUUUUUGUUAGAAUAUAAUAUAAUGCAUUUUAGAAGUUUUACCACUUCCCGUUCAAUCCAAAAAAAUCAAAAUGAAGACGGAGGUAGUAACGAUAAAACGCAACACGGCAUCAAUAUGGAUACAAAUGUUACCAAUGAGUUCAUGCCUUGGCCUUCAGCCAGUGAAGUAUGAUAUUACAGUUUAUAAUAUCUUUUAUCAAAAUCUUUUACAGGCAAAAGCAAUAAGGGACAAAAUGAAAACGAAAGCGCCCCUUAUGCUUACAAAGACAACUGUUGGAGAACUACCGAAGAGUUCAAAAAGGGAUUUUACUGAGGAAUUACGGCCCCCAGUACCUGUACAUCGAAAAUAUAAUGUGCAGGUAUAUCGUAAUUAUAUUGUUCAUUAAUGUCAUCUCUUAAAAUAAUGUUACAGGAAAUCGCUGAAGAACCAGGAGACACGUCUGAUUCUCAGCCAGAAUCAUCUAAAAAACGGUUCCGAAUAUCAGUUUCACCAACUAAAGCUCUAGCUCCGACGUCGGCAAGCAGGUAAUAGAAAUUAUAACUGUUCAGGUUUUCCACAUAAUUAUUUGCAGAGCGCAGCACAAGAUUGUUUCACAGACUUCUUCCAGCAGCUCCAUUCUUCAAAAUCGUCAAUUGGAUGCGCAGAAGAAGUCACUAGUCUUAUCACCGCGAGCACCGCGAGUUCAGUUUGACGAAGACGAUUCACCCAGACAAAUUGAUUAG